AUGAAUCAAGAUGGAACAGCAAAAUUAUUUUAUAAUAACGACAAUGAAGCUAUUAAUCAUAUGUUAAAAAAUGGCUCAAAUUGGGAACGAAGACCAUUAUCCGAUGUAUUGGAUCUAAUUGAUAGAUCAUUAACAGCACAAAAGAACGAAACAAUCAGAAGUUUGUAUGGAGGUGGUGAAUUACAGUUAAUUAGUCCUUUUGUUCCAAUCUGGUCAAGUAAAUCUCAAUCAGAACGAGCACAAAUAAUACGCGAUUAUUAUGCUUACCAGCUACCUAUACGGCAACCAACGACUGAUUUUAAUAUUCCAGCUACUGCAGAACGAAAACCUGGGAAGAAAAGUAUUCGUGAAACAACAUCAACCAUAAGAUCAUCAAGAAAUAGAAAAAAAGGGCUUUAA